AGAAUCAAUCAUCAUUCAGUGUCCAGUACUGAAUCUUCAAAAAAUAAAGGCAAUAAAAAAAUUACCCGUUUUGGAGAUCCUGCUCUAACAAGAUUGUAUCUCUAUACAAGUACAUGCAUUCAGAUACAUUCUUUUGCUAUAAUUUUCGGUUUCAUUUGCUGCUUUGGAGGAGCAAGUUCUGAAAAAAAGAAAGAUGUCAAGUAUGAUUAUGAUUGGAACUGUUCGGUUUGGUUUGCUGGGUUUGCUGGUUUUGUUAGCAUUAUCAUCAGCAGCAGUUUCAGCGCAUGAAGAACUGGUGGAGUCACAACCUUCAAGGCAUGAAAAUAAUACUGGGAAAGAGGUUGAAUCAAACUUGGGAUAUAAGCAUGUGUGGCCGGAAAUCAGAUUCAGCUGGAAAAUUGCUGUUGGUACGAUGAUUGCAUUUGUUGGGGCAGCGUUUGGGAGUGUGGGAGGUGUUGGUGGGGGUGGCUUUUUCAUCCCAAUGCUCACCCUCAUCAUUGGCUUUGAUCAGAAAUCAGCUAUAGCAGUAUCCAAAUGUAUGAUCACGGGUACAGCAACUUCAACGGUCGUGUACAAUUUAAGGCGAAGGCAUCCUACACUUGAGUUGCCCAUCAUCGACUAUGAUCUCGCACUUCUUUUCCAACCAGUGUUGGUUCUAGGGAUCAGCAUUGGCGUUUCUCUGAAUGUGGUUCUUUCUGACUGGAUGAUCACAAUCCUACUAUUUGUCGUCCUCUUAGCGGUAUCAACUAAGUCAUUCUUCAAGGGUGUCAAGGCAUGGAAAGCAGAAACUGUAACUAAAAAGAUUAAACGUGUUGCUUCCGAAGGCUUGCAAUCAAAUGAUGUUGAAGACAAAUAUAUUCCUGGAGGCGCAACCAAUGGAGCUCUAACAGAAAAGAACGAAACUAAAAGAACGAAGGUUUCUGCUGUUGAUAAUGUUCGCUGGAAGGAACUCGGAGCUCUUGUAGCAGUCUGGCUUGUAAUACUUGCAUUGCAGAUUGCUAAGACUUACGUGAAGAAAUGUUCUGGAACAUAUUGGUUGAUAGAACUCUUGCAGAUUCCGGUGGCUGUUGGAGUAACUUCAUAUCAGGCAGUUAAUCUGUACAAAGGGCGCAGAGUAAUUGCAUCGAAGGGAGAAGCAAGCACAAAGUGGCCAGUUUACAAGCUUAUUGCUUAUUGCGCUGGUGGCAUAGCAGCUGGUAUCCUUGGUGGAUUGCUUGGCCUCGGCGGAGCAUUCAUGUUAGGUCCCCUUUUUUUGGAGAUGGGAAUCCCUCCUCAGGUAUCAAGUGCCACAGCCACCUUUGCCAUGACAUUCUCUUCGUCCAUGUCCGUUGUAGAGUACUACCUCCUAAAACGCUUUCCCGUUCCCUACGCUCUCUACUUUGCUGCUGUGACUACUAUUUCCGCAGUCGUAGGGCAGCAUGUGGCAGGAAAGGUGAUCAAGAAACUAGGAAGAGCAUCGUUGAUUAUCUUCGUUCUCGCUUCCACGAUAUUUGUGAGUUCAGUAACGUUAGGUGGGAUUGGCGUAGGAAACAUGGUUAAAAAUAUCGAGCAGAAGAAGCCCUUGGGAUUUCAGAACAUCUGCACUCAAAAACCCUAGCUUUUCCGAAGACGAAAAGUUCGGCAGCAGAGAGAAGCAUCUGGGGAAUUAGCAUGAUAGAUUUUUGACCUAAUUAUUCCUCCUUAUACUAGAAACCAAAAACAUGUACUCAAAAUCAAAAGUUUAAGCUGUUUCUAUAUCAUUAUUUAGUUUCU